ACUAAAAUAAUUUUCAAUGCAACAAACAGUGGAGUCAAGUAAUCAUAUAGAUUCCAAUAAUGUUCCACGCCCCCACCCAAAAUAUAAAUACUCUCAUUCCUUCAAUUUUCUCUAUAAUUACGAUUUACAAAUAUAUAAUUCUUCAUGCCGAAUCCCAAGAAUUCCCGUCAAGGAGGCCACGAGAAGAACUGCAGGAAGGGAUUAUCAUCAGAAAAAGCAUCGUCGUUUCACGGAAGAACUGGAAGGGUGGUCGAGGAAGGGAUGCUGCCGCGGCCAAGAACGUUGCUGGACUUGGUGGCUAGAAAGAGAGUUGGUGCAGGGGCUCCGGAUGUAGUGGCGAUGCAAGAAAGGCGUGAACUCACGAAAUUGCUGCUGAAUGUGGCUAUAAAGAGAAGCCUUGGCGCUGUACAGGGGAUGACGCCGCCGGAUGCCACGGUGGAGGAUUUGAUUGCGGCAGUGCUGAGACAGCAUGCCAAGGAGGGAAGGCGGCUGAUUCUCCCGUCUACAGACCCUAAUGGCUUCGACCUCCAUUACUCUCAGUUUAGUCUUGAAAGUUUAAACAGGGAGGAGAAGUUAAUGGCGUUGGGGUCAAGGAACUUUUUCUGUGCCCAAAGAAGGCAGUGGAGGCCACCAGAGACGGCGGUAAUUUGACGACGGCUUUGACUUCGAGCUGUUCAAAAGAAGCUGCUAACUCUACCAAGAAUGGGUUGUCUAGGCUCAAGUAGUCAAGUUCAUGGAGUUUCUGUGAACAAGUUAUUGGCUCUACUUGUACUAGCUAGUAAUUUUGUAAAAUUGGGUUUAAACUUUUUGAUGUAAUUUGUGGGAUUAAGGAGGUGUCCUUUUCGCUAUAUUAAUAAAAUGUUUAGAAUGGGUACAUAUUUUAGCAUUGUAAUGU